AUGGGUGGUACAAAAUACAGGCAUCAACCUAUGCAAGUGGAAGUUCUUACAACUGCAAGCGAAGACAAUAUGUAUCUUGGCAUUGAAGUUCUUACCUAUAACAAUCAACCUCAUCUCUCUAAAAUUAGAAAGCCUGGUUUUAAAAAUGUAUCGAUUCGUAUGAUCAAGCUGUAUCAAAAUCAAGAUGAUGGAAUCACCAAGAAACUGAUUCAAGAUAGACAACUAAAUCUAUGCAAAUUCGCUUUCUGGCUGUGUGAAUUGCAAAAUGGAGACUAUGUACGUGUUUCUCAAAUAUCGUACUCUCAGAUUAUACGAGAACCAUCGACUAAUGAUAAAGUUGGUGAAGAAAAUGCCGAGCUAACCGACGAUGAAAAUGAAUCAUUCGAAUCCAUCGGCGAUCUACGUAUAACACAGAAGGAUGUUGACACUCUUAACGGUCUCAACUGGCUCAAUGAUGAAGUGGGUCAUCAUUUUUUAAACGAUACUUCUAAAAUUAAAGUACCAUUCUAG